UGGAGCUGCAACUGGUGUUUACCUGGCUUGGAUUCCAAGUGAAAAAGUAUGACGACAAGACUUCUACAGAAAUUAAAGAAAUCUUGAGGUUUUGGCAGUCUUUCGGGAAUUGGAAAGACAGUGACUGUCUGGUGUGCUGUAUUCUAUCUCAUGGAAAAUCUGGGGAAAUUUUUGGGACAGAUGAACGUCUGAUUCCAAUCCGUACCAUCACAUCAUACUUCAAAGCCAACAACUGCCCAUUGUUGGCUCAGAAACCCAAGCUCUUCUUCAUCCAGGCCUGUCAAGGUGAAAAGAUACAGCAACCAGUCUAUCUCCAAGAAGACUCCGACUAUGCUGUCUCAUUUGAACCAGAUGCACAAAGUUCAGGAUAUGUGUCUUCCCAACAGCUGACCUCAACUAUUCCAGAUGAAGCAGAUUUCCUGCUUGGCAUGGCCACUGUGGAUGGAUAUCUCUCUUUCCGGCAUGUACAUGAAGGAACUUGGUACAUUCAGGCUCUUUGCAGUAAAUUGCAGCUCCUGGUGCCAAGAGGUGAAGAUAUAUUAUCCAUUCUUACAGCAGUCAAUGAAGAAGUGAGCAGACGGGCGGAUGCUCAGUGCGAAAGGAAACAGAUGCCCCAACCAGCUUAUACUCUCAGGAAAAAAUUGAUCUUCCCUGUGCCUAACGAACCUUUGGUGCCAUCAGAGCAGAGUUCAGACAUGCAAUAAUUUAGAUUGCUGGGGACAGAGGGAGAAAAGAGUGGUGAGUUCAGAAAGAACUCUUCUCCCUUGUUUUCAUUCAUUCUUUGUUGUGUUUUGAGCAGGAAUUCUGUUGAAGAGGAAUAACUUCCAUUUGAUGUUUAAGAUGAAGAAACAUGCACUUUCCCAAUUCUGCCGCUCAUUUCAUAUGUUAAAAAAUGAUUUGUAUGAUCAGCACAUUUCUUAAGCAAGCCUUCUUUUCUACGGCUGAAGGGUAUCAGAUAUGGUCUAACUAGGUUUGCUCCAUUGGGAAGGAAUAGACUGCAGAAUUAUUGUUGCUCAGGGAUCUAUCUCCAAUCCCAGGAGCAACCUUUGUGGGUUAAGCACCAUGAGAUCUUUUUUAAUACUACCACAAUACAUAAAUUAAUAUGUCUUUCAGUUAUUAAAUACAGUGGAUACUCUGCUAUAUUUAUUUAAUGCUUGCGGAGGCAGAGAAGAUGCAGUUUGCAGAAGCCUUGAUUAUAGAUCUUGCCUAAGUUCCAACUCUCUCCAAGAAGUUAAUGAAAUCCAGAACAAAAUCUAUAUAAAAGGACAGAACCUGGUAGUUCUGUUUCCCCCCUUUCAAUGCGAAAAUGUUUCCUCUAAUCCACAGCAGGUAUGGACUGUACAUUGUAAAUUGUAAAUAUACAGUUGUACAUUGAACAUCUGAACAGUUGCUUUACAGUGAGCAGAGGGAAAUAAAGCGACAUGAUAAAUUACAACGCAGUGUUUUAGAGAUAAGACUUCAACACAGAAAUAAUGGAUAAAUACAAAUAGGCCAAUCUCACGCCAAUUAAAAAUUGUGUCAGGGAAGAAGUAACAGAAGUCUUGGUUUGCUAUAUAUUUUGAAAGCAAGUUCUUCUAUAGAUCCUCUAGAAAAUAGGCAGAAUCUCAUAUGUAGAGUCACAUUCCAGGAAUGAAGUAGGGAUGUGCAGCAUUUUGGAUUUAGAGUCAAAUUGGUGAUUAAAACAAGUUUACGGCCAGGUGCAUGCCUUAAAGACGCUUUCCUGGGUGUGCCCAAUAGGUAUACAAUUCCAUGAACAUAUGGGUUGCGGAAGCACCAACAGUGGCUUUUCACUUCAGAUCUGAAGUGCUAUAAAUCUCUAAAAUUCAGCUCUUUUUUUAAUUGAAGAUCGCUUCAGUGUUUUAAGUACACUGUGCAACAGUGGCCAAACAUCAUUCAUUCAUUCAUUUAUUGAAUUUCUAUGCCGCCCAAUCCCAGAGGACUCCGGGCGGCUUACAGAAU